CUUUACCAACAUGGUUGGGUAGAACCUUGACGCCGUGCAAGUUGGUGCUACUAGUAGCGCUGUCCUUGGUUCCUCUAUCAGUUGAUUUUAAUCGAACCUGAGUGUCUGAAAUGUCCCAGCUUCCGUUGCCUGAACGGCGCGUCCUCUCAUUACACACAACUCUAGGCUCAGACCCAGUCGAACUCAAGUGUUCCACACUGUACUACCCCGUAUCCUGCGCUAAAGACGGUCUCACCCUCGUGUUCACCCAUGGAAUCGCUAGUCACAAGGAACAGUACGACCCUACUAUCGUUCGCCUGCUCUCACAUGCUCAAACUCGCGCUAUAAUCCGAGAUAUAUGGGUACUCGACUUCCCCAAUCAUGGUCAAACAGCACUUCUCAACCGUCCCGUGCUUGAUGCGCGCAAGGCAGCUGGGAAGGCGAUGUGCACAACGGCAGAUAUCGCACUCUACCUCCAAGCCUUCCUCUCCACUCCCUCGCUCAAAUCCAGCACAGUAGUAGGAGUCGCACAUUCAGGGAGUUGUACGCUCUGGGUAUUUGCGCUCACAUCCAUGCCCCCUUCUCUUACGCCCUUUGCUCUCAUAAUGGUCGAACCCACAUUGAUGUUUCCUUCUCUCACUCCCACCGACCCUCGUGCCAUCCACGGAGCCGCAAACGUCCGUGGCUGCCUGGCUAAACGCGACCGCUGGACGGAAAGAGAAGCGUUGACGAGAUGGUUGGUAGGUGGAAAAGGUGUUUGGAGGAAGUGGGAUGAGAGGGUUUUGAGUGGUUAUGUGAAGUAUGGAUUUGAAGAGGUGAUUGAGUCGGAACUUGAUGCAGGGAAGAGGAAGAGUCACGUUACGCCUACAUUGAGGAAAGACGAGGAGAGCCCGUUGUAUGCUUGUUUGUCGCAUACGGUUGAGCCUGAGUCUCUUGGGCGGGCGUGUAGGGCGGUGGAGGAGGCUGGGAGGGGGGUUCAUGUUGUUUGGGCUGAGUUUGAGGAAUUUAUAUCUAAGACGGCGAGGAAAGAGAUCUUGGACGCUGCAGAGCACAGGGUGGUGUCUCAGCGCACUAUCAAGGGGGCAGGUCACUUGGUCCCUCAAGAGAAGCCCGAUGCACUCGGAGAGGCACUUGUCGAGAUCCUGGAUGAGAUCGUGCAUGGUUCGGGAGACACAAAGGCGAAGAUGUAGAAUUGCAAAUAGGAUCUCAUCAAUGUCGCUUGCAUGUAAAAAUUGUAAAUUUACCGAAACGAAAACCGUACGCGUUGAGAGAUCAAUAUUUCAAGAGCGCUUCGUCACUAUGUAUGCGAUUUACAAACUUGAGGCUCUUGGUGUAAUAAAUGACAGCUUAAACAAGCUAUUAUCUAUUACACGAACGAUCUCUAAGCUAAUCGUUAAAACGGCCAGGAAGCGCACCUACCCGCGAAGAAACAAGCUGCGGUUGGUUUCAAAUCUCAUCAUGUGGAACCAAGAUACGUUGCAGCUGAUGGCUUGCUUGCUUAUGGUUCAUGAGCUAUGCGUACAGUAACAAAG